AGCUAUAGUCACAGCUCCGGUGCCACCAAUCACUCGAAGCUAUCGGUCGAAUGCGCGGCUCAGACCGUUCACGACGGGCUCUAUGUGUGCAACGCUCGACACACCAACACAUCCCAACCCAACACACUCUACACACAAGCGGCCAAUGUCUCCAUUUUCACUCCAAUUCAAAUCAAUACAAUACCAGAGAAUGGGAUAUUAGGAGAAAAUUUGGAGUCAAACGGAAAGUUAAUUUGUAGAGUGAAGGCAUACCCAAAGGCUGCCAUCAAAUGGGAGAAACUGGUGGGCAAUGAGUCAGUGGCUGUUGAAGUGGACGGAAGGGUUGUUAUCGAAAACAGCGAAAACGACGAGUCCUCACAACAGAGUACUCUUAGUAUAGAAACUGUGAAGCGAUCGGACAAUGGCUCAUAUGUUUGCCGCGCAAAUCUCACUCCCGGUGCUGUCUAUGGGUUUCGUUUAGCGGCAAUCAAUUCAAUGGGUCGCUCCGAAUGGGAGGCAAUGAACAUAACAAUGCAAUCAGACGUGCCCUCAAAGAUAAGCGAAGUUCACAUCUUUGCCAAAACUAAUGAGACUUUACUGAUUGGAUGGAAGCGUCCGACGCAUGAUAACGGCGCCCAAAUCACUCACUACUCCAUGACUUUACGUGAUUCUCAAGAUUUUCUCAUUUCUAAUCAGACACUCGAUGUCAGUUCCGGUGCUAUCCAGACACGCAACAAUUACAUGAUAAUGUUUCCUUCAUUAAUAGCCGGCUCUCACUAUGACUUCCAAGUGAAGGCCUGUUCUGCCAUUGGUUGCAGCGAAUGGUCCGACACUUUAGAUGCAGUCACUGCUGACGGACACUCAGAUCCGCCGCGAAAUGUGAAACUUAAGUGUAUUUACGAUAUCGACACGAAUGUAAAUAACGGGACAGUUGUGUGGGAUUUGCCGGACAACGCCCGCGGAGUUAUUGUCGGAUAUAAUGUCACGUUUGAAGCCUUCUCUACCUAUAGGAACGCCAACAAUAAGAAAGUGAUCGAUCAGUUCAAAGAGGCGUUUGAAUUGUCAGCCAAUGAAACCAAAUUGAAUUUAGUUCUUAAGCCCAAUACUAACUAUACAGUGAGAGUCUGUACAAUCAAUAAGUCUGGAUGCGGUCUCUUAUCGCAUAUAACCACAUCCACAAUGUGUGAGACAUCGACCACCACUCCCUUCCAAAUGCCUUCCAGUAUAAGACUAGAAAAAGUGAGAAUUGAUGACAAAUCGGACAAAACUAGUCGUCUUUUGCGUGUAUUUGUUCCGCGAGUGUCUGAGAGGAAUGGUGUGAUAUUGUGCUAUAAAGUCAUAAUAAUCCGACUGCCAAACUAUCCCAAUGCAACUCAAGCCCUACCCUCCAGUCCCAAUCAACUCAAUAUAACGACAUACAGCGAAGUCCACAGUCACAUCCAUUCCCCCUCUGAAAAUGCAGAUUUUUAUUCAGUCGGCGCUUAUGUGGCCGAAGAGUAUAAUUCCGAUAAUUUGAUUAAUAAUAUAGUGAUUGGCGACGGAUUUGCCAAUCAAUGCACUCAAGACUAUGAGAACCGAUCGCCGAGAAGAAUGAACGGCGAGAACGAGUCGGCGCUCUCUUUGUCUUCGGACUACAUCUUUGACGGAUCACUGCUUCCUAACACUAAUUACACCGGUUUUGUUGAACUCGUCGUUUUGGGACCAAAUCAUACUCUUAUGACAAAACAAAGUGAUUAUUUCGCACCAAUCGAGACCUCGUCUCUCAGUUUGAAGGCUCCCAUCAAUGAGUCCUCACUCUCUAUAUUCUUCUCCUCAUUGUCUGAAUCCGCGAACGGAGUACUCUUUGGAACCAUUUGUGGUCUUCUUUUGGUUUUAGUUCUUCUUCUAUCGGUUUUAUGUUUUCUUAAGCGAAAAGCGAGCGAAACGUCCGGUUCUGAUGACGAGAGAUUGGGUUUGACUUCACUUAUACGGCGAACAGUGAACGGUCACCGAAACGGACACAUUCCUAACCACAUGAAUAUUAACUCAAUUCACAAGUGGGUCUCCGCUCCCAUUCCUAUCCAUAAGCUUUCGGUUGUAUUCCAAGAGCGACACUUAAACAGUGACUUCCUAUUUCAAGCCGAGUUUGAAUCACUUCCCGAAAAAUUUUCCGAUCGAACCACUACUGCAAGUGAUUCGCCCGAAAAUAUGUCCAAAAAUAGAUACCCGGAUAUUAAGAGUUACGAUCAGACGAGAGUCACUCUGAAUGCUAUUGAAGGAACUCCUGGAUCUGAUUAUAUUAAUGCAGACUUCGUUGAGGGGUAUAGAAGACGGAAACUAUUCAUCUGUGCUCAGGGACCCAUUCAGGUGAUCACCUCUUUCUUGUUAAAAACAGUGAAUGAUUUUUGGCGAAUGAUUUACGAACAGAAAUGCCGAGUGAUAGUGAUGUUGACUGGUAUUGAAGAACAGGGAAGAAUCAAAUGCAGUCAAUAUUGGAGCGAAGAUCAGCCCAAAGAGAUUUCAAAUCAAUUUCGAGUUACUCUCAAAAGUGUCCGCAAAUUCUCGGAUUACAUAAUUCGACGCUUUCUUCUCGAGAAAGUGGAUGGAAGUGAGGAAAGUCGUGAUAUAUUGCACUUCCAUUUCGUGAUGUGGAGAGACUUUCUGGCGCCCGAACAGCCCUCUUGGCUCUUGAGGUUUAUUAAACGUGUGAACGAACACUACUGUCCAGAUAUGGGACCCAUUGUAGUGCACUGUUCUGCAGGGGUCGGCAGAACCGGCACUUUCAUUGCAAUCGACUCAUUGAUGGCACAAAUCAAUGAUAACUCAACUCAUAUUAAUAUAUUUGAAUGCGUUUCACAUCUCCGGCAUCAGAGGAACCAUUUGGUCCAAUCAGUUAAACAGUAUAUAUUCGUCUACCGGGCGGUCAUGGAGUACAUCGAGUUCGGGGACACGGAGGUUGAAAUUUGUCACUUAAGAGACCAUUAUAGACAUCUCAAAGACAAAUUUGAUGCUAAUAUUAAUGCAAUUAUGGCUGAGUUUGAGGGUUACGACCACUCGUUGUCUUUCAUCGUAACUCAAGACCCUAUGGAACAUACGGUUAAUGAGUUUUGGUGGACAAUCGCUGAGCAGAAUGUCUCAACACUAGUAAUGCUGGCAGAACUGGGAGACGGACAGAGCAAAUGUCACUGUUAUUGGCCGACAGAGGAGUUUGACUGCGAGUUCGUUAGAGUCAAGUUUGUGGCCGAAGACGUGACACAAUUCUAUAUAAAAAGGGUUUUCGAUGUGACCCACAAAAAGACUAAUGACUGCCAAAGAGUAACACAGUUUCAGUUCCUUUCGUGGAAAAGUGGUGUCGUUCCCGAUUCGACGCAUUCCUUAAUAGACUUAAUGGACGUCUCUCUGGCCAACAAUACACAAACCUCUUCACCAAUUGUCGUCCAUUGCAGCGGUGGUGGCGACCGAUCCUCACUAUUCGUUGCAUUCGCUUCUCUAAUACAACAAAUUAAAUGUGAAGAGAGAGUCGAUGUCUUUCAAACGGCACAGUUUGAUUUCUUAUUCAGAAGUCUAAUCGAUUACAUCGAAUCUCAUAAGUUGUGUGAUUCCGGAGACACACAGUUGUAAUGAUUAGAAACAUUUAGUCCAAUGCUUUGAUUUCGACAAACAACAUGAUUAUGCUUUAUAUUCAAUAAGUCUUAAAUGCAUCAAAAACUACAAACGGCUCAACUUUUCACUGAUUUCUCAGUGUUUUCUUACACUUUUGCUCAAAAAGUUUAUUAUAAUACAAAUGUAAAACAGAC